GUACACUCGAGCCGCUAACCCAAGAGCAACUUAUGCUGGUUCACUGAGCAGGCUGACGCUGUGCCAGACAUAUACUAUACUGCAUGUACCGCCAAGAAUACCAGGCCUCAGCCAGUGAUUGGGGCUCUGCGCUACGCUUACCAACUAGUGAAGAUGUCGUCGCCGUACCAGACUUCGUCAUUACUGCUGUGAGUGCAGUGUUGUAUCUUCGAGCCCACUGGCAAUGCUUGGACCUCCCAAUACAGCUCAGCAUACCAUCAUCGGCCAAGAUCGUAGACUUUCCUCCUCCAACUCGUUUCGGCCCGUCCGGCGGAGUCUGGUGCUAUCGAAUUGUCCGCCACAGUUGUUGGACACCAACGUACUAACCCUUUAGCCUUCUACG